GAAUGGUCAGGUUAGGAAGCGUGGGUGUCGCAGUGCUCAUGCGCGAACAAGAUGGCGACGUGAAAGAAGAAGCUGCUGACCCUCGCUGUUUCGCGGUGAUUUCUCCUCCGAGCAAGAUGGAGGACGGACUUCUCUCCUUAAAGUGGAACAACCACAAGUCCACUUUUUUCCACAUUCUGAGUGAAGUUCGGGGGAAACAUACGUACACGGAUGCAACGCUAGCAUGCGAAGGAAAGUUUUUCCCAGUGCACAAACUUGUGAUGUCGACAUGUAGUGAUUACUUUGCAGAAAUUUUUGAAAAAACUCCUUGUAAAAAUCCAGUAGUUGUGCUCAAAGACAUAAAAAAGUCAGAUUUAGAGGCCUUGUUAGACUAUAUGUAUAUAGGUGAAGUAGAUGUGAGGCAGAGUGAGCUAGCGGGACUCAUUAAAGCUGCCGAGUGUUUAAGAAUUAAAGGUCUCGCUGUCCCAGACGAGGAUCCAACCAAAGCCCAGAAAAAAGGGCCUAGUAGUGUACCUGAGAGAAGGGAGGACAGUCCCCCCGCAAAACGAAAAAGACGGGACUCUGGAGGAGACCGUGGGAGGAUCCCUUCACCCACCAUCUCACGGGGGUCCUCCCAGUCUUCCUCCCACCCCCCUUCUGCAUCAUCAGUGCCUAGUCAAGCACCCUCUCAACUGUCAAGUGUACCUGAGUCACAUGUGCCAUCACAGUCUAUGCCCCCACCACCUAGUGUAUCCCAGGAAACGCGGCAUGUAGAUAGUGGGCGUGGUAGACAAGACAGCCACCUGCAACAGUCGCAGUCGCAACAUACAUCUCAAAUAUCCUCGUUACGGCCGUCUGCGGAUACAUCAUCCCUUAGGUCACCCCCUAGUGGUGGACCAGAGUCCUCUCACCCAUCUAUAACAUCACCCAGAUCAUCUGAUCAAUCCAUCCUACCAGUUCAAAUGAUUAAGGUGGAAGUAGAUGAUGCUGAUAACUCUGGAGCAAAAGAUUCUCAUGGAGAUAGAGAAGAUGGCAGUGAGAUGGAUGGGGAUGAAGAGGAGACUAGUAAUGAUUUCUCUGAAUACCAAAGUCAUGGUGGUGAAAUAGAAAAGGAGGAACAUGAUCAGAUGGACUCCUAUGGUGCUGACCAAAUACCUGGGCCUUCAGGCCUACAAGGGGCUCCUCCAGUGUUAAGCUGGGGAGAAGAGGGGGAAGCUGGUUUCCCCCACAAUCUCUUUGGUGGUGAUGAUCCAGCAGCUCAACAAGCGCCGGCGGAGUGGCGUCUGCAGCGAGGGUUGCUAGCGCCAGUGGAGAAGAUAUCCGACAUUCAUUACGAUGAUGAUGAUGAUGAUGAUGAUGGCGAAGAGGACCGAGACGAAGCUGGGGACGACCUGUACAACGACGUGGCAGCUGCAGGGGGAGGGCUGGAGGGCUACCCUGUAGGCAUGAUGCCACCAGUAUUGCUAUGCCCACACUGUGGUCGAAGUUACACUAACAAGUCCACUCUUCGGCGGCAUCUUCGAGCCCACACAUCCGACAAGCCUUAUGGGUGUGGCAUGUGUGGCUAUCGUUCCAUCCAGCGGUCAGACGUGACAAGACACAUGAGGACUCACACUGGGGAGAGACCCUAUUCAUGUCCUCAUUGCCAGCACCGUGCCACCCAGUCAGGGGACUUAGACCGUCACAUUGUUUCUGUACAUCCAGACCUAUGCCAUGAGUGCCAGAUAUGCACCCAUCGUGCUCCCACUGAGGCCAGUAUGGUCAUGCACCUGCGCAAGAAACAUGCUUAAUUCCACUGCAGGAUUGGAAAAUCCUUUGUUUGCAAAUAGUGAUCCAAAUAUGAAAAUACAGUGACUGAAUUACAACUGUAUUUAUUUUUAUAACUAGUUAGUCUUUGCAAGUUAAAAUAAGUCAAAUGAUAAUUACAUUAUAUAAUAUUUUGUGUGUUAAAUAAUGAUGCAGAGGCCUUAAGUACAUUUGUGAAUAUAUUUUAGGAGUAUAACUACAGUAAGUUGUUUUAAAUAUGCCAAGACACUGUUGUCUGCUCAAGGAAGUUUCCUUGAUGCUAGUGAGGGGUUCUUGAUGCAACGAACUGGACCUGUCUUUCCCUUUACUGAAUCAAGCAUUAUUGCCUCCCAUUUGCCCAGGUGCUGUAUGGACCCCCUAUGGGUUUAGUGCUUCCUUCACAAAUGUAAUAAUAAUAAUAAAUGCUAUUGUUGACUCAGGUGCUCAUGAUUAUUAAUGGACAAAAUGUACAGGGUUUUAUAGUUGAAAUGUUGGACAGGAGGGUCCCACUUAUACAGAGGGUUAGGUUCUGGGCUACUGCUAUAAAGUGAAAAUUGCUGUAAAGUGAAACAUAGCCUUAUUUUCACUUUCAAAUACAUAUAAAAGCUUGUUUACACUAUCAUAUAUUAAGUGAGGAAUAGAGCUAGGUCAAAAAAAUGCAUAUACAGUACACACAUUACUUACCUUAAAUGUUUUCAUACUUAGCUUAUAGUGAGUGGUGAAUAUAUUUAAUGUAGGAAUCCUGAAUAAAUGAAGAAUGGGUAUAAUUGAAAACCACUGCAUCACCAAAAUUCUGUAAAGCACUGUACAGCAGAACCCACCUGUGCUGUACUAUUACCAACAGGUAUGAAGACAAGACCCAAGUUCCAGAAUGAGCUUAUGUUAGGAUGCUGUAUUUUGUGUAGAGCUUUAUCCUGUCAAGAUGAUCUGAUAAAGCUCUACACUGAUAAAAAUGUUGUCUCAGCCAAAGCUUGUGUUGUUGCCUUGGUGUGAUGUGUGAUGUUAUGCAUCUUCACUGACCAUUUCUACAAUUUUGUUCAAACGUGUCCAGUUCUGUUGAAUCAAUUUUGUAGCUUGUUGUAAUUAAUGUUGAAAUUCUUGCAAGAGCUAGGAAUGUUAUUGUUGCAAAGGUUAUGUAACAAUUUAAAUAGAGUAAGCCAUUGAUUUAAUGGACUAAUAGAAGGGAAGUUCGUGGCUGGUAGUAGUGAUUGCAGUUGAUAAGAGAUGGGAGUGAAUAACGGGCAGUUCCGUAACCAACAGACUUUGUUGUUUACAAAUCAACUGACCGAGCUGAUUUUGUCCUGUAUUUCCAGAGUCCAUUAACUAGAGGUUUUACUGGUGAGUUUUCAGUGCAUCCUAAAAAUAUAUUAGCAUGAUGUUUGUUAAGAGAGGAAAAUGUACAUGACAAAGACGAGGACAAAUGAUAGUCUACACUUGAACCCUCAGUUAGAGCAGAGGUUCCCAACCUUUUCUGUGUCCUGCUUCCCUAGGAAAUGUUUGAUUAAUGUUGCACUCCCUUCAAAGGUAAUAUCACAUUUGAAGAUGAAGAAGUCAAAUUUCUAAUUUUUAAAUCACAAAUUGAAGCAGAUACAGUACUGCGAGUGAACAAAUUGAAUUGUGGUUUUCAUUAGGGCUCUUUGUUGAACCUUUGAAAUGCCCUUUCACACCUGAGGUUGGGAACCCAUGAGUUAGAGGUUAAACCACACAAUCAGUCAUUCUUCCUCGUUUUGGUUUCAUGGGUUUUACUCCCUCACUGAUCAAUGUUCAUUACACUUGUUGCACCAAUGUAAUGUAUGUUGGUCAAAAUUAUAUUGUAACACAUUUUUCCAAAGAUAAUGCCUAAUGAGUUUUUUUAAUUUGUACAGUGGACCUUGGUAUACCACCUUAAUUCAUUCCAGAAAGCUGUUCCAGUGCCGCUCCGUUUGAGUAUCAAACAAGUUCUUCCCAACCAGUUUUCUGUUUGGUUGGCUGUUAUCACUAAUCUUCGUAGGCCCCAUGGUUGACUUAUUUAUACAAAUACAUGUAAUACAAAAAACACCCAAAAAAAUGCGAAGAAACACAAAAUAGUUUACAGUGAAGUUCUGGCAGGUCGUAUUUGUUUGGUCGAAUGCUGAGCUCUGUUCGAGUAGGGAGCUAGUUGUAUGCUGAGGUUCCACUGUAUAAUUAUUUUAAUGAACUUAUAUCAGUGCUUCCAGUAUUAAGCAAGAAAUGAUACAAAUAUUAACCGCAGGGAAAGAAUAAAAAUCACAGUAAUGAGGCUGGAACAAAUCACAUCUGUACUACAGAUUGGUGGCGAAAUCUUCGAGAUGAUGUUUCCGACCAUGCUGGACCUUUAUUAGGUCGUGAAAAUGGUCAAGGAUUGACCCAGGCAUCACCUAAUGAUUUAUCCCCAAUUCGUAGGCUUGUGAAUAACCUGCAGGUAUCUGCCAACCAGACGGUAUAUUAUUAUUAUUAUUGCGUCCUUCCUUCAAGAGGGUGUCCUAGAGCUGGUAAUGUGUUCUGAUCCAGGGAAUUGGAAUAGCCCUUCCCUUGGAUCAAACCUGAUUUCCUCCCACUACCCAAGUGCUAUAUGACCCCUGCAGAUUUAGGACAUCCCACAUGAAUAUACUUACAGUUAUGAACUCUUCCACAUGUUGUACAAGAAUCACAUCUCCAACACUGGAGACUGGUCAGCCCAGGUUCUCUUGCCUUUUAUUGUAACAUCUCGCAUUUUAUUACUGUAACUUGCUUUUUGUUGCAAUAUCUUGCAUUUUGUUGCCAUGUCUUACUUUUUGUUGCAAUGUCUUGGUUUUUUUGUUGCAACAUCUUGUAUUUUAUUGCAACAUCUUGCUUUUUGUGGCAACAUCUUACAUUUUGUUGCCACAUCUUGCAUUUUAUUGCUGCAUCUUGCUUUUUGUUGCAGCAUCUUGCACUGUAUUGCUGCAUCUUGCAUUUUAUUGCAAUGUCUUGCAUUUUUAUUGCAUUUUGCUUUUUGUUGCAACAUCUUGCCUUUUAUUGCAAUAUCUUGCCUUUUGUUGCAACAUCUUGCAUUUGUUGCAACAUCUAGCAUUCACUUUAUGAGUUAGAAUAAUCCUUAGAUAAGUUUCUUCAACAUCUUGUGUCAGUAAUGCUUUCGACGGGGACUGACUUGGGGCUGGUGAGGGGUUUUGAUCCAGGAAACUGGAGCUGCUUUUCACUUUGUUGGAUUAAAGCUGAUUACCCUCCCCCACCCCGCCCCUCCCACUCUCCAGGUAUUGUACGAGCCAUACGUGUUUAGUGCUUCCAUAUGAAUAUAAUUGUCAGUAAAAAAAAUUAUUAGUAUUUUGACAUACAAAUAUAAAAAAUUAAUGGUUGAAGAGUUUUAAGGUGUGUUAAUGGGCUCGAUUACUGACAAUGUUUGAAGAAAUUAAUAUAUAGAAUAUUUUCUUUGUGUGUGUGUGAUUUUGUAAUGUGAUGUUUUAAUUUUAAUUUAUGACUUGUAAUUAGUGAAUUUAUAAUGAAGACACAUAUGACAUGUAUGUGGGAAUUUUCCUCACUAGCAACUUUUUAAAAUAGGUAGAGAAUAUACAAAAUCCAAAAAUAUGUAGUUGAAGAAUGGUCAGAUGUGGCAAAAUCAGGUGUAGUGUGGUGUGUCAGGUCACCUGACACCUGUGUUCCUUAAAAUUUAUUAGUCAAAACUUAUGAUACACUAAAACUUUCUGUAUUUUGCAAAACUGUUCCUAGAGCCAGAACUUAUGAUAUGCUAAAACUUUCCAUGUUUUGCACAACUGUAAUCCUAAGAUAUCUAACGCUAGCCUGUAGGCAACAGCGUCAGUACAGGUUCUCUUCUUUUAUAAUGAGUUUAGCCUCACCCCAUUUCAUCAGAUGUCCAUCAGUAUUUCAGCAUAUGACAUGCAUUAUUAUUAUUGCCAGUGCAGUAUGCAUACUUAGGUAUCGCUCUCUCUCUCCCAUGUAGAUCUUCUCGCAACUUGCACAUGGAAUAAUAUACAUCUGUGCAGUACAUUGUUUGAACAAAACACAGGACACUUUAGCAUACCAAAAGUUUUGGUCAGGUAAAAAUUACAGGACACGAGUGAUUUGCCACAUCAUGCUACACCUAACUUAAUACAUCUGACCUUCCUUUGACCUUUUAUUCUCUCAUUUUAUGCAGUUUAUACAUUGUAUAUACUGUGUCUUUUUCUGUUACUUGCCUGUCAGUUAUCUAGUGUAAUUGCAAUUGCUGAACUCUUAAACGUAAAUGACAAUAAAAAAUACGAGUGAAAAAAUGACAGAAGAAAAACAUCUGACCAUUCUCAUAUAUUUACACAUGCACAUCUUUCAAAUAACAGCAGUUCGCAGCGUGUUUCUGAUCUGAAAUUUUCUCACUAGUAUUUUUUACAUUCAUAAUUAUGUGCUUUGUAGUGAUUUCUUCCCAGUCUUGUCAUACAUGAGAGUAGAGUUGACUAAGGUCGUUUAUACAGCACAGGAGGGCUCCGUUUCUGUGGCUGUUAGGUUCCUGACCCCUAGCGAUAAGUGAAAAUUGCCAUCAGGUAGAAAAAUUGCAUUUUUUCAAUGCUGAGUGCAUCUAAAAUGCCUGUUAAUGUGUUUACUCUAUCAUAUAUUAAGUGCUCAAUACAGCUGGGCAUAAAAAAGCAGAUACAAAAGUAACAUAAAUACAUAAUACAUACAAUACUUACCUUAAAACAUGGUGCUGAUUGCCCUUCCCUUAUGCAACUGUUGCACUAAAAUGGGUGAAAAAGCCACCGAAUAUGAUGAACAAUGGCUCAGUUGAAAACCACCAAAAACAUGGAACACCAAAAAGAGGGUGCCGAAUAUGUGUGGCCCUGCUGUACUGUAAUGAGACUUAGGGAAGUAGACAAAUGGUUCAGAGAGCCGACAAGUUGAUAAAUUAGACACACAUGCAACACUUGGGUAUCUUUAUUGUGGAAAUGUUUUGCCACACAGUGGCUUUAUCAGUCCAAUACAAAGAAGAUUGGAAGGAGUUUCAGGUAUCAGUCCCUCAGCCUGGAGUUGAUGUAAUCACUCCAUCAAUCUCGAAAAGAUUGAAAAGAUACCCAAGUGUUGCACGUGUUUAAUUUACAAGACUUACGAAAGGUGAGUGAAACAGGUGGUAAGGUCUAGGUAGUGACAGUGUGUAGAGGAAGGGAAGGUCUUCCUGUCAGUUCCUGAUCAGCCAGGCUGUGGUUUCCAUAGUGGACUGUGCUGUUAGCAACAACACUUUAAUUGACUAGAUGAACCAUCAAUCAGCAAGCCUGACCUGGGACUGAGCCACCCUUCAUAAGGGUUCUUUGAUUCUUGUGAAGGACUUUUGAUCCAAGGAAUUAGAGAGCCAGUCCUCUCCUUCCAUGGAACAAACCUGAUUACUUUCAAUUCCCCAGGCAAUAUAUGAACCUUACAAUUUCAGUUUUUUCCCAUGAAUGUUAUAAUAAUGAUGGGACUGGGCCAUGGGGGUCAAUGAUCCCUGAUGUCCAGAACAACAUAAAAGUGGAAGACAAUGUUGGCACAGCAAUGUAUCAGUUACCCAUCAAGGUUGUCUUCACAGUAUUGUAAAAGGUAAAUUUAUUCCUGCAAGUAUAUAAAUAAAACAAAAUGUGCAGGUCAUGGUAUUUUAUGCAGAAGAUAUUUCGUCUACCAGGAACUUGAUAUCCCCAUACAGCUCCUGGUAAAUGCAACAUCUAAAUAACAUGCCAUAAACCAUGUAUUGUAUCUUAUUUAUAUUGUCUUCACAAGUGUAAAAAACGAUGGUGUUAAGGAAGAUCCACCUUAAGGAGACAACUAUGGUAGGUGCAAAGAACGUUUUAUAAAGAGGGAUAUGAGCUUUGAAGAAAAACUGUGUAGUAGGAGAGAGAGAGAUGAUAGGUGCUGAAGAACAGGACUCUUCAAGGGGGGUGCCUUGAUAUCAAUGAAGUGCUCUUGGUCCAGGAAGCUGGAACUACCCACUUCCAUAGAUCAAACCUCCUUACCUCCUUUUAUCCUAGGUUUAGCAGGCAUAGCAUAGUGUUGGUUUAGUUACAUUAGGGAGAUGAGAUGAUUUUUAACAAUAACUGAAUAAAUAAUAAUGAAUAAAUUAAUAAAUAAUGAUGAAUAAAUAAUAAUAAUAAUAAUAAUAAUAAUAAUAGUGAAGCAUAACAGGAUGUUGUAAAGACGACUGAGAUAAUGCGAUGAAAUUGGAGGGCAAUUAAAAGUGUUAAGCGCCUGACCUAAGGCCAAGUUGCAGGAGUAGGAAAAUUAUUGAAACCCGUCGAAGUGAAUGGAAGGUUCAGACACAAAGCUGAAGUUUCUACAAUAAAUCAAUGGCAGAAAUUCAUGGAUAGUAACAAACAAACCAGCAUGGCCACACAAUCUUGCCCCCCAUCCCCUACUGAAUGUGCCAGAAUGACUUAAUAAACCCAACCCUUCUGCCAGAUUAACUUGAAUAAUCCAACCCUCCAGUCAGAAUGACUUGAUAAGUCCAAUCCUCUGGUCAGAAUGGCUUGAUCAAUCCACACCUGUCAGAAUGACUUGAUAAAUCCAACCCUCCUGCCAGAAUGACUUGAUAAAUUCAACCCUCCUGCCAGAAUGACUUGAUAAAUUCAACCCCCCUGCCAUUAGAGGGACUUUAUAAGGCCAACCCCCUCUGAAACACCUAAGAAAGUUAAUGGUAAUCCUAAGGUUUACCACAAGACUAGUCCCAAACAUAAUGGGUGUGACCUCAGAAGCCAUAAGCAUGCUGAAAGUACUAAAACCUCACAAUACUGGAGGACAAAGGUAACACGAGGGAUACAUACAAGAUCAACCAGACUGUGAUGGAUAUAUGGGUCAGCGGGCCACCAACCACAACAGCCUGGUUGACCAGGCAAGUACCAGAUGAGCCUGGCCUAUGGCCGGACUGGGAGUGGAAAAACUCUCAGAACUCAUUAAAUGUAUAAGAUACUCAGAGCUACUGAUAACAUAGAUAUAAAGUAACACAAGAGGUACAUGCAAGAUAUGUGGAGGUACUGAUAAUGUAGAUAUAAAUGUAAAGUAACAUGAGGGAUACAUACAAGAUACUCAGAGGUAUUGAUAAUAUAGAUACAGUGGACCCCCGGUUAACGAUAUUUUUUCACUCCAGAAGUAUGUUCAGGUGCCAGUACUGAUCGAAUUUGUUCCCAUAAGGAAUAUUGUGAAGUAGAUUAGUCCAUUUCAGACCCCCAAACAUACACAUACAAACGCACUUACAUAAAUACACUUACAUAAUUGGUCGCAUUCGGAGGUAAUCGUUAUGCGGGGGUCCACUGUAUAAAGUAACAUGAGAGAUAAUUGCAAGAUACUUGGAGGUAUUGAUAACAUAGAUGUAAAGUGACAGCCAGCUUGAAGGGCAUGAGAACAGGACAAGGAACACAAAUGAAAUUUAAAACACAUAAAUGAGCCAGUCAGUGUCUUCAGUGUGAGGAUGAUAAGCAGAUGGAAUGUAUCAGGGAAGGAGGUAGUAGUGGAAAAUUUUAUACAUAGAUGUAAAUAUGAAGCCAGAAGCCCACACCCCACCUCCCUGACCUCACUAUGUGACCGUACAAAUAUCCAUAUGGAUAAAGACACAAAUGCAGUAUAAUACGAUCUUUUGUUAACCACAUUUCACCUGCACAAUGGGCUUUAUCAAGUCACAAACAGACUUGUCUCUUUUUUCUUCAUGUUGCAGUAUUUUAUAAUAUUUCUCUGCAUGGAAAAAAUAAGCUCAUAUAUGGUGCUUGAACCAGUGAUGUUCCUAGCAGACAAGAAAGGCUGAAUACAGAUAUCUCUAAAAGGAUUAGGAGCUUGUUACUGAUUCUCGUAUUAGGACAGAGUGAGACGUCCACACACCUUCAAGACCAGCAAUAAAGUCCUGCAUGUCUUAAAGUUUCCAGUGAUAACACGCUUUACUUCCUCUUGUAAAUUAUUCCAUUGUUUGGUCUUCUGUUGGCUAAUCUUCUUUUUUUGAUUAUAGUUACAGUUUCUUGUUCUGCCAGUGGACAGUUAAAGGGGUUAGGAAGUCUUUCUUACAAAAUCCUUUGUGUUACUUGUUAAUCUUGAAUGUAGUUAUCAUGUCUCCUCUUGUGUAGUGUUUGUGCAGGUCUGAGCUUUGAUUAAAUUGUGAUCUAAGUUUGUGUUUGACAUCAUUAUUUCUCUACUAAAUCAGCAUUAUUCAUAAAUAUAUGAUCUAAAAUAUUUUCCAGUCUGGUCAGGUCUCUUACUUGCUGACUAAAACUAAUUUGUCACAGUCUUGAUAGUUCAUUUGUGUAAGUGCUCCUGUGAGCUGCCUACUAGGACUCUCUCUGUUUGCUACAUUCGUCCAUGUACAGUGAGAAACUAUCUGGACAACAGUAUGAAACAUAGGUAGAGAGAUCUGUAUAUUCUGACCUCAGAGAGACUUCAGCAGAUGGGUCUCUGACUGAGGCCAAAAUACUCAUCUGUCUUAUAUACAUUUCAUAUUGCUCUCCAGGCAGUUUCUCACUUUACAUGGAUGAAUGUAGCAAACACUGUGAUAGUCUUAGUAAGUAGCUCAAAGGAACACUUACACAAAUAAACUAUCAAAGGAACACUUACACAAAUAAACUAUCAAAGGAACACUUACACAAAUAAACUAUCAAAGGAACACUUACACAAAUAAACUAUCAAAGGAACACUUACACAAAUAAACUGUAGCAAAUUACUCUGUCAACAGGAAUACCAAAAUUCCACAGAAGUGAACUGAGGAAAAAACAGUGCUGAAUGGAUAAUAAAAAAAAUUCUGAGUGGUGGAACAAUGGAAUGAGAUACAAGAGGAAGUGCAGUAGUCUGUUGUAAACAUCUGAACUUCAAAUAAUUAUAUGAUAUGCUAAACACAGAAUUUUGCAGGCAGAACUCUGCUCACGUAGCUAUAUGUACCUUACUCACAUAUACUGUACAUGUGCAAUUUUUGUGGCCAUGGUCAUCCUCAUCAUUUUCUUAGUCAAAAUUUUCUCCAGCAGUCACUAAAGUACAAGUAUCUUCAACAUUCACUAAGUAUCUGCUUGCUCUCAACCAUUCCAUAUACUCUGUCGUUCUCUAGCUUACAUUUUCUUUCUCCUGCUCACUCUUGAGUAUACUACACAAUUCAGUUGCCAUAAGAUGAUUAGAGUAAUGCAUGAGACACUAAGUGGUGAAUGCUAGGUUAGGCUGAUAAUGCACACACUAAUUUUGGCUAAAGCUCUCUUUAUGCAGGUGUUGUAGAUGAUUUAAGCAUCAUGUGGGGGUAGAAGAAUGUAUGGGUACAGAGUGCUCAAUUUAAAAUUGCACAGUUAAAGAAGGGAUAAUUUUUUCUUAUUUUUACAGCUGCCGUGACAUUAUUGGUUGCCCUUUUGUUGACAUAAACCAUUCAUUGUCUGCAGUGGUCAAUCACCUCUCCCUGAAUCACAGUCCCUUACCACUUUUUCCUUGCUAUACCAGAACAGGCGGGCCCCACUUAUACAGCGGGUUAGGUUGCGGGCUACUUCUGUACAGUGAAACGUAGCCUUUUUUCCACUUUCCAAUAUACAUAUAAAAGCCUGAUAACAUGUUUACACUAUCAUAUAUUAAGUGAUCAAUAGAGCUAAAACUAAAAAAUGCAUAUACAGUACACACAUUACUUCCCUUAAAAUAUUUUCAUCCUUAGCUUAUAGUGAGUGGCGAAUAUGUUUAUUUUAGGAAGUCUGAAUAAAUGAAAACCACUGCAUUAGCGAAAUGCUGUAAAGCAGGAUCUGCCUGUACAUUGUUUUUAUCAGUUGGUAUAAAUUUACAAUCCUCAGCAGACAUCAUUAUAUACCAUAUUGGAAUUCCACAGAAACGUGUAAUAAAAUUAUGCACAUUCAUGCUUUGCUGCUACAUUGUUGGCACUUGUAUCCACCACCAUGCACACUUAUUCCUUCACUUCCUCACAUUAUUGUUCAUUAUUAUUCCUUAUUAGUACAGUGGUACCCCGAGUUUCGGCCAUAAUUCAUUCCAGAAGGCUGUUCGAGUACUGUUACCAAAUGAAUUUGUAAAUUAAAUUAGUCUGUUUCAGACUCCCAAAAAUAUACUUACAUAAUUGUUCGAGUUGGGAGCUGUACGAAACUCGGGGCACCACUGUAUCUCUUUCUGACUCAUUAUUCUGUUGCUUAUCAAUGUUUCUCAAUCUUUACUCUGUUCCUUAUUCAUCUCCAAAAUAGAGAGAACUACUUAUAAAUGUUUCUCAUUAUUUUGUCCCUUAUCAGUGUUUUUCACUUGUUUUUUGUUGUUCCUUAUCAGUGUCUUACUCUUUAUUCUGUUCCUUAUCAGUGUCUCUCACUCUAUUCUGUUCUUUAUCAGUAUGUCUCAUUCUUUAUUCUGUCCCUUAUCGGUCUCUCUUUUUAUUCCUUAGCAAUGUCUCUCACUAUUUUUUUGCUUAUCAGUGUUUCUUGCUCUUUAUUCUAUUCCCUAUAACUAUUUCUCACUAUUCCGUUCCUUGUCAAUCUCCGUCACAUAGAACAUUUUGUAAAUUUAAUUAAAAUUAAUGUAAACACAGUAUAAAUUAUUAUGUUUUCGUACCUGGACGACCUGUGCAGCACAGGUCACAAAGGUACAUAAACUAGAUGGGAAUGCUCCAAGUCACCUUUGUCCUGUAUUUGUCACCCAUGGAUCUUAGUAAAAUAUGAAGGAGCCCAACCUAUGGGUAAUAUCUAAUAAAACAUGAAGAAACCCUACCUAUGGGUAAUAUCUAGCAUCAGUCUGGUGGGGGAUUGUCUAAAUUUUUUUCUUUUACUCUGUAUUGCAUUGUAUUAGGUGUAAAUCAUGAUAUUAAGGUUGUUAAGCACAAUAAUACCAAAGUUAAUCUGCAUGAAAGACAUACGUUAGGUUAGGUUGUAAGGGAACUCCAAGUGAUAAUUUGUUGAUGAGAUGUGAAGAUUUCCGAUGGGUCAGUGUGGAAACUGUAAUCUUAAGAAGUUAUACUAAUAAAUAUAUUUUGCU